AUGGGAUAUCACUUUCACUUUCUUUCUAUGUGUCUAUUGCUCUAUGGAGCAGUUGAAUGCUUGCCAGGUCAUAUCAGCUCUUUUGACAAACGAUCUCUAUCAAGUCUGGAAAAACGCCCAUUGAUCAGGCCAGACAUUGAAGUGUAUGGACCAGUCAACCUGCACCUCAAUUCGCCUGCAUCUUUGAAUAAAAACUUUCCCGAUCUCAACUCAGAUGUACAGCCUGGUCUAUCAUCUUCAAGUAUUGAAGAAUUCAACUUAAUUCUAGCCAUGAGCGAUGAAAUCUCCAAAAGGUCUAAACGUACAGUCUUAGAACCUCUUGCUAAACGAUUGAAACUCCUGGCCUUGAAGAUAGAAAAAUCAGAAGGCUUACCAGAGCAAUUUAACACCAGCGUAUUUGGUACAGGGGGAGAAUUUAGAUAUGCAUGCGAAAGAGCAGUGAGAACCCUACAGAAUCUUUCUCUAAAACCAAGGGAGACAAUUUGGGUACUUGCUGUCUUGAAACAUCUUCAGGGAUUUUUGCCACAAGGAGAACUGGAACCCAUAAGAACAGACAUGGCGCGAGGCCCUAUAUGUCGCGCUGCCUUGGGACUUCAUCUGACAAAAGACUUGGACCUGCUAAGUAUGAGCAAAAUUCUUUGGUUUUCCCCGGCGGAUCCUGAACUUGUGGAUGUUGACUCGUCCCUGGCACAGGCGUACUUUGCGUUGAAAACCAUUGACUCUAUGAAAUCUUAUGUUGAUCGUCCUCAUGAGUCCAGCUUCUUCACGACCUGCGUUGAAAUUUACAAUUAUCUUCUCAACACAAAGAUUCCAGUUGAAGAGGACGGCGUGGAUUUCUUGGCGAAAAAGUUUAUAGCACUUUCAACUAUGGAGGUCAGAGGAAUUGCGUAUUCACACCUCUAUCACAUGAAAAUGAUUUUCCCCAGAGUCAAAGAAAUCAUAGAGGAGGAAAAAUUCAAAGACUUAUCCUUCAAAAAUGCCUAUGAGAACGAAGAGCUAUUGAUCAAUAUCCGGCGCUUUGCCGUUGCGGAUCGUCGUGCCCCCAUUAAUGAUCUGAUUUAUCCCUUUCUCAAUCUAAAGUUCGCCACGGUCCAGAAUAUCAAAGAUGUGGUUCAGGCUAUGUUGGAAGGUAAACACAAAAAGGAUAUACCGGUCAGCAUACGAGAUCACGAAGGGACUUCAGUUUUAUCUCACAGGGAUUCCGAGGAAGAGGAUUUCAUCAUCCGCCUACUAGGCGGCAUUGCUAGUCAUAUUCCGGGUGCUGAACAAUACCUUGAAAGUCAGGUGGAAUGGAGUGCUGUAUUGUUGACCAAAAGAGCCCUAUCACUAAUCGAGACUUGGUUCUGGUCACAGCUGAUUCGAAGUUCUUGA